CGAGCCGCGGGCCGGGCCUGAGCGCCGCGCCAUGGCGGAGACCAAGAUCAUCUACCACAUGGACGAGGAGGAGACGCCGUACCUGGUCAAGCUGCCCGUGGCGCCCGAGCGCGUCACGCUGGCCGACUUCAAGAACGUGCUCAGCAACCGGCCGGUGCACGCCUACAAAUUCUUCUUCAAGUCCAUGGACCAGGACUUCGGGGUGGUGAAGGAGGAGAUCUCUGCUGAUAAUGCCCGGCUGCCCUGCUUCAAUGGCCGUGUGGUCUCCUGGCUGGUCCUGGCUGAGGGCGCUCACUCGGACACAGGCUCUCAGGCCACCGAUGGCCACGUCGACCUGCCCCCACCUCUUGAGCGGAUGGGUGGCAUCGGGGACUCCAGGCCCCCCUCUUUCCACCCGAAUGUGGCCAGCAGCCGUGAUGGGAUGGACAAUGAGACCGGCACUGAGUCCAUGGUCAGCCACCGGCGCGAGCGAGCCCGACGCCGGAACCGGGAGGAAGCUACCCGGGCCAAUGGGCACCCCAGAGGGGACCGGCGGCGGGACCUGGGCUUGCCCCCUGACAGUGCCUCUACCGCACUGAGCAGUGAACUCGAGUCCAGCAGCUUCAUUGACUCUGAGGAGGAUGACAACACGAGCCGGCUGAGCAGCUCCACUGAGCAAAGCACCUCUUCCCGGCUCAUCCGGAAGCACAAGCGGCGGCGGCGGAAGCAGCGCCUUCGGCAGGCAGACCGAGCCUCGUCCUUCAGCAGCAUCACAGACUCCACCAUGUCCCUGAACAUCAUCACUGUCACCCUCAACAUGGAGAGGCACCAUUUCCUGGGCAUCAGCAUCGUGGGUCAGAGCAACGACCGGGGAGACGGCGGCAUCUACAUCGGCUCCAUCAUGAAGGGCGGGGCGGUGGCUGCAGACGGCCGCAUCGAGCCUGGCGACAUGCUGCUGCAGGUGAACGACGUCAACUUCGAGAACAUGAGCAACGACGACGCUGUGCGGGUGCUGCGGGAGAUUGUCUCCCAGACAGGGCCCAUCAGCCUCACAGUGGCCAAGUGCUGGGACCCAACCCCAAGGAGCUACUUCACUGUGCCGAGGGCUGACCCUGUUCGGCCCAUCGACCCAGCUGCCUGGCUGUCCCACACGGCGGCGCUGACCGGAGCCCUGCCCCGCUACGGUACGAGCCCCUGCUCCAGCGCCGUCACGCGCACCAGCUCCUCCUCACUCACCAGCUCUGUGCCCGGCGCCCCACAGCUGGAGGAGGCGCCGCUGACGGUGAAGAGCGACAUGGGCGCCGUGGUCCGGGUCAUGCAGCUGCCGGACUCCGGCCUGGAGAUCCGCGACCGCAUGUGGCUGAAGAUCACCAUCGCCAACGCCGUCAUCGGCGCGGACGUGGUGGACUGGCUGUACUCGCACCUGGAGGGCUUCAAGGAGCGGCGCGAGGCCCGCAGGUACGCCAGCAGCAUGCUGAAGCGCGGCUUCCUGCGGCACACCGUGAACAAGGUCACCUUCUCCGAGCAGUGCUACUACGUCUUCGGGGACCUGUGCAGCAAUCUCGAAGCCCUGAACCUCAACAGCGGCUCCAGUGGCGCCUCGGAUCAGGACACACUGGCCCCGCUGCCCCACCCAGCUCCCUGGCCCCUGGGUCAGGGCUACCCCUACCAGUACCCGGGGCCUCCGCCCUGCUUCCCGCCCGCGUACCAGGACCCCGGCUUCAGCUACGGCAGCGGCAGCGCUGGGAGCCAGCAGAGUGAAGGGAGCAGAAGCAGCGGGUCCACCCGGAGCGCGGGCGGGAGCAGCCGGCGGGCCCUGGGCCGGGAGCAGGAGCGCCGGGGGCCUGGGGCCGGGGGCAGUGGCAGCGAGUCCGACCACACAGCCCCGAGCAGAGCAGGUGGCGCUGGCUGGCGGGAGCGUCCCGCCAGCCAGCUCAGCCGUGGCAGCAGCCCACACAGCCAGGCCUCGGCCACUGCCCCCGGGCUCCCCCCACUGCACCCCCUGACGAAGGCAUACUCGGUGGUGGGUGGGCCGCCUGGCGGGCCCCCGGUUCGGGAGCUGGCCGCUGUGCCCCCAGAGCUGACAGGCAGCCGCCAGUCCUUCCAGAAGGCCAUGGGGAACCCCUGUGAGUUCUUCGUCGACAUCAUGUGACCGAGGCCAGCGUGCCUUCCACGGCCUGGUGGGGGCGCCGAGGGUGCUGCUCCCACAGGAGGGUGCUGCAUCUGGAGCUCGUGUGGCCUUAGCGGGGGCCGGCGUGGGUCAGGCCAGCUUUCCACGUGCACAAGGGGCCACGCUGUGGGGUCCGGGACUAGACAGCGGGAGCAGGCUGCAGGGCGGCCCGAGCUCCGUGAUCUGGACUCAGCAGCCCGUCUGUUCCUGGUCAGAGCAGCUGUGUCCGUGAGGACCUGGGGGUGCCUCUCUGCUCAGGCAGAUCUCAUCUGCCCCCUCAGUGUGCGCUCAGGGACCCCCAGUCGCCUACAGCGCUGCGUACAGGGCCCCAGGCCAAGCCCAGAGGUGGCUGCUGGGCCCCACUGGCCACCCAGCGCGCAGUCCCCACCCAUCUGGUGCAGGCUGGGGGUCCAUGUUGGGGGUGGAAUCUGAGCCCCCAGACUCCUCUGCCCAGGGUAGGGUAUAAUUUAUUUAUUUAUUUCUUGGCCCGUGUCCUUGGGGAGGUGGCGGCUAAGUCACACCCACCCCCAGCUGGAGCAAUUCGCGCUCCCCCACCGCCAGGUCUCGGAGUGAAGUGGUCCGGCUUAGGGACACAGGUCGUGUCUGAAAGUGUGUGGGGCUGGUGAGGGGGACAGGAGGGCACCUCUCAGCGGUGGGAGGAGUGGACCGUGACCCACAGAUGCUCAGCUGCUGCAGGGACGGGUCUGGGGGAGAGGGGCCAGCCCACCCUUCCCCGCUGUGCUCAGGUGACCACCCACCUCGCACAGUGCUUCCUUCCCGGCGACUCCGGCCUGCACAUGUCUGCACUGUAGACACUGUAUCGAGUCAGAGGUCGUCUGGAUGGCUAAUAGAGCUGCUUCUGUGUAAAUGCUAUUUUAAACACUAAAAAGCAUUUAAUUUUA